AUGGAAUACUUUUCGCGUAAUUUCUCAAUCGACACAGAAGCAGUGAAUGAGGCCUUUAUUCCGCCGGAAGAGCAUGACGAGGACAGUGGGGGCAUUAUCCGUGACGAACAGGGGAAAUGUCAAAGAAAUCCAUGGAAUAAGCAUUCGCAGUCGAGAAAGAAGUACUUAAUGUGUUCGGCAUUUAUUGUCCUUCUCCUGUGUCUUGUGCUGCUUGGCGUUGUCGUAAGACUGUCGAUGCUGGCUUUCCGGAGCUCAGGGUGUGAAAAGACAUCGUGCACGAACGUAUCGGGCCUACCUGAUGCCGUUUAUUCGCCGGCACAAGCUGUCAAGGAAUUCCAGGCUGUGCGAUUUGACGGCAGGGUUGACACCAGAAACAUAUACAAGGGGGCUCCAAGCUCCGGGCUUGACGACGCUUGGAGAGAGCUUUAUGAUGGUAUGUCGGCGUUUAACAUUGAGCCUUUCCUAGUUACAGCCCAGGAGCUGAAAAGGAUCCAGAAAACCAGCGUCGAGGAUAAAAUCCGUCAACAUGUCCACAACGACCACUAUCAGCUGACGGAUGAAGGGAAAUCGAUUUCAGUUGUAGACCAUGUCGACCACUGUAUCGAUAUUGUCCGCCAGGCGCUCAUGUGCCAGGCAGACACAACUCUCAUCACAUUUAACGAUGACGGAGCACUCUCGCCCGUGAAGCCUGAUUUCGAGGCCACGCAUGCAUGCCAGAAUUUUGACAAAGUCCAUGAUUGGGCGAGGGAGAGGGAAUUCAAUAUGACAGAGGAAGCGAUACGAAAUCCUAAACCUUUUAGGGAUGAUCUGAUUGAUGCGAUUAACAGAGAACUCGGGGAACGACGCAGUGGUUGA